AGAAAAGAGCCAGCAGGGACCCAGCCGGAGAAAGAGGCUGCCCAAUGGGGACGCGCCUUUCUCUCUUCCUCCCUCCUCUCCCCGCCUUUCGUUUCUUCUCCGCCCUCCUCCAGCAUAGAUUUCCGCCUCAGCCGGCUUCGAUGAGCUAUUGCAGCUUCUGUUGGGUCAGUGGCGUGCGGGGGUUCUGCCGCACGUCCUUCGUCGUCAGCAGCGCUGCGGUGGGGGCCCUCGGCCGUGAGUCUCGCGCCGUAAGCGCGCGUCUGGUCGCCCGCUCGCCUCGCGCCCUUAGCUGUCUCCCUUCUUCCCCCUCCCUUUUCCUCCUUCCCCCUACUCCCGGCUGGCCCGGGGGGACCGUUGCCCUGAACUCGACGGCGGCUCCCACAGACUCUCCGGCCGGGCUGCCUUCCGAGCCCGGAGCCAGCAGCGUGAUGAAGCACCUGCCUUAUUUCUGCCGGGGUAAGGUGGUGAGGGGCUUCGGCCGGGGCUCCAAGCAGCUGGGCAUCCCUACAGCCAACUUUCCUGAACAAGUAGUGGAUAAUCUUCCAAGUGAUUUAUCUACUGGAAUUUACUAUGGUUGGGCCUCUGUUGGAAAUGGAGAUGUCCAUAAGAUGGUUUUAAGCAUAGGAUGGAACCCAUACUACAAGAAUAGUAAAAAAUCUGUGGAAACUCACAUCAUACAUACCUUCAAAGAAGACUUCUAUGGGGAAAUCCUUAGUAUAGUCAUCACUGGCUACAUCAGACCAGAGAAAAACUUUAGUACCAUUGAUGCCCUUAUUUCAGCAAUUCAAGAUGAUAUUGAAGAGGCAAAAAGACAACUGGAUUUACCAGAACAUUUGAAACUCAAAGAAGAUAAUUUCUUCCAUAUGCCAGAAAGCAAAAUAAUGAAUGGCCACUGAUCAAGUCAUUUUACUCGUUAUUUUUUUUCCUUGUAUUCCACUAUUUGUCAUUGCUGCAGCCUUGUAUUUGGUUAGUUUAAGAAUUUUUCUGAUAGCCGUGAAUUCGUUUAUGCAAUACAGAGUAGUUGCCAUUUAUGCUUAAUGUUAUUACAUUAAACCCAUCAUGCAGCAAUACCAAAAAGGUUCAUAUAAAAAUCAAGAUUUUAAAAAUAUGUUGACCUAUACAUAAGCCUUCAUGAAACACCACAGUAAAAGCAGAGAGCAUAACAGAAUCUUUUUAAUGAUGGAAAUACAUGUAUAUAAAUAAAAACGGACUGACUUGGCUGUAAGUCAUUUGCUGGAGAUGAGAAUAGAUGUCAUUCUGGUAGUUAGGGAUUCUGUAGAAUACUUCUGACCUCCAACUAAUCCUACUAGACCUAGAUGCUAUGGAGAAUUUCAUUUAAGUUCAUUGUAUAAAGCUUUGGCAGUGUAAUGACCUGAAAGGGGAAAAAAAGAAUUUGUGUUUGAUACGUGUAGUAGUGUAAUAUGUUUUGUUAAAGAUGAGCUGUUUUGAAACUUCAUUUUAUUUGGAUUAUUUAUUUCAAAAGAAAUUUCUUAUUAGGGUCACAUUAUUGCACUGUUCCAUUUUAUAUUUAUUCUCAUGCCCUGAAUUCUAAGAGGUUUUGAAUUUUUAAAAAUAGUUCAGAACUAUAACUCUCAAAUUGUGUUUUCUAUCCUUUCAUCAUAAAUGGUAUUACUUGUAUUCAAAAUUAUUUUAACCUUUUACUCCUUAAACUUCAAUUUCUUUCUAUUCAUAAUGUUCUUUUCAAGUUAUGAUCCUUAGGUAUAGUGUAGUGUCUGGUCCUUUCCGCCCACUUCCAUUUACUCUGAACAGUUACAGGAUCCCACUUCAGAAAAACAGAUCAAAUAUUGUAACAACCCCAUUUUUAAAGUAACUCAUAAAAGUGUGUGGGUGGGUGGGUGGGAUAGAAUUAACCAGUUGGAUAGAAGCCAAAGUUCAGCCAAUGUUUCCCAGAGGGAAAACAUGUAAGGGCCAAUUAAAUUAUAGAAUAUAGAAUAUAUUUUUAAAGUUAUUUAACUUAUUUUAAAUAUAAUUAUGUAUGUUAAGUAUGUGUAAGCUAUGCUGUAGUGUAAUUGCAAUGUUAGUGCCAGUCUGACUAAUACUUGUAACAUGAAAAAUUUAGAAGGUUUAUAGGUU